CAGGAGGCUGCGCGUAGCUCAUUGUAAACUUUGCUGAUGCGGUGCGAUGCUGGACGCAUGUCGCGCACUCUCGUAGCCGUAGAGUCUCCUAAAUUAAUCUUAGGAAACUCUAUGCUCGCAGCGAUCCCGAGCACAGCGUGUCCCGACGAAGGAGGCAGACUCGCGAGCGCGCUGCGUUUAACUUGGCUCGUGUGUGGCAGCCUCGACGCGUACGGCGAAGCACCCCUCCACCGUCUCGCUGGCGUGGGAAGACGGCCGCUGCACUCUCCAUCCUCUUCCCUCCACCGCCUGACGUUGCCCAUCAGCGGCGGCAGCCAAAGGAGUCCCACUCGAGAAUCCGUGCUAUCUCGUCGCGGCCUGAAAACUUCUUCGGUGAGCACUUCCUGUCGUGUACUUCACCGGGACAGAUUACGGUGCCUCCAUCGCUGAUGGAGAUAAGUUUUGUGUGUCUCGGUUGUACGGUAGAACACAAAACGCGAUGGCUCCGGCGAAACUGAGUGCUUCGACUUGCCUUUGAAGCCAGGCGCCAAACCACUUGGAAAAGCAUGCCGUUGGCCGCUCAGCUGCUACGGCUCGGUGUCGUGGCCGCCGCGGGCAAUGCGCUGUGUGGUGACGAACGAUCGUCGAACGUUUCCUUCGUAGAAGGCACACCGCUUCUGCGAGUGUGGCAGCUAUGGAGCCCCGCACUCGAGCACAGCUCGUCUGUACGAGCCCCACCGGACGUGCGCACCUACCAGACGUGGGUCUUCUCCAUAGUGGCGGCAUGUGUUGUGGGCCUCAGCGGUGUGUUCCCGCUUCUGCUCGUGCCUCUUGACACUGGUGUCAAGCAGAACCGCAAUGGAUGCCGUACACUUAAGCUGCUGCUUAGCUUUGCUGUUGGUGGCCUUCUAGGCGAUGUGUUUUUGCACCUUUUACCAGAAGCUUGGGGACGUCUUCAGAGAGCAGGUGCCGAGAGUCCCGCACAAGCACACUUGACACUCGGCCUGUGGGUGCUGUUGGGUGUCUUUACCUUCAUCAUACUCGAGCUGGUCUUCUCAGCCACAGGGCCCAAUGUGGAGCAAACUUUUUCCCACUCUGAUGUCCACCGGAAUGGUCUUGACAAGCCAUUCUCAACAGUGCAAAACUUCAAAGCCAUUCACGUUACUGGUUACCUAAACCUUAUGGCAAAUGGCAUUGAUAACUUCACUCACGGCUUGGCAGUGGCUGCUAGUUUCCUUGUUGGCAUUAAGAUGGGAAUGGUGACUACAUUGGCCAUUCUUAUACAUGAAAUUCCACACGAAGUUGGAGACUUCGCCAUACUCUUAAAAUCGGGCUUCAACCGAUGGGAUGCUGCCAAGGCCCAAGUCAUCACAGCAGCUGUUGGGGUGGCCGGUGCAGUGACUGCUUUGUCUGCAGACUCACUUGAAGACAUGGACACAUCCACAUCCUGGAUACUGCCUUUCACUUCUGGAGGCUUUUUGAACAUAGCGUUGGUCAGUGUGCUGCCAGACCUCCUCAAAGAAGAGGACCCUUGGCGGAUGCAAACAGGCCUGCACCAACGGGUACACACUACAGACUGGCGUCAUGAGAUGGACGGCCGAUGCCUUCGGAAAGCAUUGCAGAGUGCAUGAGCGGGGCUAUUUCUUUAGUCAUGCAGGGAAUCAAGCAAGCAACUGGGGUGUGUAUGCAGUGGAAUUGCUGUGAUGGCAGCUAUGCAAGCAUUUCUGGAAUAGUAAUCCAGGCCAUAUGAAACAAGGUGCCCAAAACUAGUCACCGAGCCAGUCAUGGACAAAGUCACUUCUGGGAAGUUUUAUUCUUGUCACAUGGUACAAUAAUACAUACUUUAGCAAACU